ACUAGUGUGCCCGGCAACAAGAGCAGGCAUCUCAAAAGCCUCUGAAGAUUUCAAGCCACCACUCCUCUGAGACAAACUCUAGGCAACAACACGAAAGAAAAUCCUGUCCUCCGGGACUCUCCAAGCGGGCCUUUCCCACUGACGCUCUCUGUCUCCGAGCGAAGCCGCUGAGCGUUGCUAUUGGCUACUCAAGAUGCCAAUCGCCAAGGCUGGCUUGUCAUUGGUUUCAAGGCGGGAGCUCCACGACUAGAGGGAAGGAGAAGGGAUCAGGAGCGGGAGCUGAGGGGAGGGAGAGGCCGGUUCGGGUCUGGCCGCCACCGCUGUUCACCUGAGGUGUCCGGCCGGGCUGCGGCUGUCCUCGGUUCCUGGGUACCGUCUGCGAGGCCCCGCGGAGCCAGCGUGGGAGGGCCGCGGGCGGCAGGCGCCGCAUCAUGUCAGCCAAGGACGAGCGGGCCAGGGAUAUCCUGAGAGGCUUCAAACUAAAUUGGAUGAACCUUCGGGAUGCUGAAACAGGGAAGAUACUCUGGCAAGGAACAGAAGACCUGUCUGUCCCUGGUGUGGAACAUGAAGCCCGUGUGCCCAAGAAAAUCCUCAAGUGCAAGGCAGUGUCUCGAGAAUUGAACUUUUCUUCAGCAGAACAAAUGGAAAAAUUCCGCCUGGAACAAAAAGUUUACUUCAAAGGACAAUGCCUAGAAGAGUGGUUCUUCGAGUUUGGCUUUGUGAUUCCUAACUCCACAAACACCUGGCAGUCCUUGAUAGAAGCAGCACCUGAGUCCCAGAUGAUGCCCGCCAGCGUCCUAACGGGCAACGUCAUCAUAGAGACAAAGUUCUUUGACGAUGAUCUUCUUGUCAGCACAUCCAAAGUGAGGCUUUUCUAUGUUUGAGAGAAUUUGUGUGCACUUCCAAGAAUUUGGCCGGGGACAGGAGGAAGCUGAACUUGUUCUCUGCACACCUGACUGGGAUACUCCAGCUGACUCACUCCUUCAACACAGAACCCACCUAUACACCAGGAAACCAGCUCUGAAUAGGUGGCCAGUGGCUUUUCUCCCAAAACCUCCAUCUUCACUGACAAGACUAAACUCCCAACCCCAGCCAAGGGCAGGGAUAAGCCUCGACUCCUUCCUGGCGCAAACAUGGGAACAAACCCUCCCAGGAGCCACACUGCGCCUGUCACCUGCCCGCCUCCUCCUUGGGCCCCACAGGCUUUCUUUAGCCUCUGGUUUUGAAAAAAAUUUACCUUUCUGACCCAUUUAGGUUUUUCCUACCACUUGUAUUUCAUACAUUCUCAUACCUUUAACUUGUAAAAUAGACUAUGAUAUUAUUAUUACAUAAUGUAAUUAAAGCAUUAAAAUAUUCCUACAGUCUUUAGCA